AUUCCCGACGAGCAAACUUCCCAAAAGAACCCCUCAUCUUUCCCCUCUCCGAUCCACUCCUACAACACCCGAUCUCCCCGGCGUCCAACCUCCUCCCCAACCUCGGCGCGAAAUGGCCACCACCGUCGGCGCCGUGCCGACGGCAAUGGACGAGAAGGCCCGGCGCACGCGCGAUCUCCUGGCCAGUUUCUACAACACCGACCCCGCGGCCGCCGGCGCGGUCGCCGCGUCCCCGGCGCGGCCCUCCCCCGCCGCCGUCACCGCGUCGCCGCUCGAGUCCAUCAACUCCACCUCCUUCAACCCCGAUGUCUACAUGGACGUCCUGGUGCAACAAUCAAAUCUGGAAGCCCUUCUACAGAGGCAUGUGAAGAUGGCUGCUGAGAUCAAGAACCUGGACACAGACUUACAGAUGCUAGUAUAUGAGAAUUAUAACAAAUUUAUAAGUGCAACUGACACUAUAAAAAGGAUGAAGACUAACAUUGCUGGCAUGGAGACAAACAUGGAACAACUACUAUCAAAGAUAACAUCAGUGCAGUCAAGAAGCGACACAGUGAACACAUCUCUUUUCAACAAAAGAGAAAACAUUGAGAAAUUACACCGUACACGCAAUCUCCUCCGGAAAGUUCAAUUCAUAUAUGAUCUGCCAUCUCGGCUCAACAAAUGCAUCAAGGCAGAAGCAUACGCGGACGCUGUCAGAUUUUUUACUGGAGCUAAACCUAUUUUUGAGGCCUAUGGUGAUACAUCCUUUCAAGACUGUAAAAAGGCAUCUGAGGAGGCAAUGGAUUUGGUUAUACAACAGCUUCAGGCAAAGUUGUACUCAGAUUCUGAACCUAUUGAAGCAAGAGCAGAAGCUGUGGUGCUUCUUAAACAACUAAACUUUCCUGUCGACAACCUUAAGUCAAACCUACUCGAGAAGCUCGAAGAUUGCCUUUUAAAUUUGCAGACUGAGCCCACACAGGCUUCAGUUGGUGAUAUUUCAAAGACAUUCCGUGCUUAUCUCAUAAUAUUUCCUGAUUCAGAAAGUCGUCUCAUUGAACUUGCACAUGCUUUGUUCACAAACCGUUAUGAAACAGUCAGAGGGGCUCUGAAGGAAAGAAUUCCAUCAACAGAUCUGCUGGCAAUGCUACGAGGCUUAUGGGAGGACGCAACUGCGAUCGACGAAGUUAUAUCAGAGGCUGCACUGCCAGCUUUUUCAUUGGAGACUACUCGAGACAUUAUCAAGCAACACAUAGCAACUGCCUUUCUUCAUCUUCAAACUGAAAUAUCAGAUGUACUGGUCCGAACACACUCAACAACAAAUGAGAAGUUGGAAGAGUCACAGCUGCAAACUGCCAUGGAAAAAAGUAAAAUUAAAGUAUCCCAAGGGUGCAUAGAUCUCCUGCAGGAAUUCCGUCAUCUUAUAGAUGGGAAUACGGAGUUGCUAGUACAGCUGAAAGAUUUGAUUAUUGAUUGGGUGCAAGAAGGUUUUCAAGAUUUCUUUCAGAAACUUGAUGGGCAUUUUCAUAUGCUUUCUGGGAGAAUCACGGGUUUCUCUCAAGAGUCAAGUACUGUGGAUUUUGUGCAAAUUGACAAGGUUCCAACAGUGUUGGUGCUCAUGCUUGCGCAGCUUUGUGUUUUCAUAGAACAGACAACGAUUCCUAAAGUUACAGAGGAUUUGGCUGAUUCUUUCUCUGGAGGGGGCGCACGUAGCUCUGAAUAUGGGCCACCUUUUGUACCUGGGGAGAUAUGUCGGCUAUAUCGUUCAUCUGGGGAGAAAUUCUUACAACAUUACAUAAAUAUAAAGACUCAGAAGAUAUCCAAACUUCUUAAUAAGCGAUUUUCGACACCGGUCUGGCUAAAGCACAAGGAACCACGGGAAGUUAACAUGUUUGUUGAUCUACUUCUCCUAGAGUUCAAUGGCAUAGUAUCUGAAGUCAAGCAGAUUUUACCUGGUUUAGUCCGACGGCAUCGGCAUUCUGAUAGCACCGGCAGCACAACUUCCUCUAGAAGCAAUCCAAUGCGAGAAGAGAUGUUGCACCGAUCAAACACAAACCGGUCUAGAAGUCAAUUUCUAGAAAAUCAUCUAGCAAAAUUAUUCGAACAGAAAAUGGAAAUAUUCACCAAACUUGAAUACACUCAGGAAUCUGUAAUUUCUACCGUCCUCAAGCUUUGCCUGAAAAGUUUGCAAGAAUUUGUCCGGCUUCAGACCUUCAACAGAAGUGGAUUUCAGCAGAUUCAGUUGGAUAUGGAAUUUCUGAAGAGCUCCCUCAAGGAGUUUAUUGAUGAUGAAGCAGCUAUAAGCUUUCUACUGAAAGAGGUGAACAAUGCUGCACAUGAGAGAUGUCUUGACCCGAUACCUCUUGAGGCCCCAAUAUUAGAUAAGCUCAUAAAUGCAAAACUGGCAAAAAUCAAAGAGCAAAGCUCAAAUAUGUAGUCACAUUGUAUCUCUCAGCAGCAUUCAGUUUUACUCAAUUUUAAUACACACCAUUCAAAGCUAUGUGCAUAUAGUUGUGUGGGCUUGUGGCAUGCCACCAUCUGUAAUGUGUAAAUCUGAGGUCAAAACACUCGAAUUGAAUCAACAGUGCCGGAAAUGUAUACUUCUUGA